AUGUGGUUUCGCCCGAGGGUGCUCAGCUGUGCCGUUGCGCGCAUUUUCAGUGCUGCCCCUUUCUCAUCGCUGCUCUCAGCUCCCCCAUUUUUCCCCGUAGCUCCCAACUGUCCCUCUUGCCACCCACUGCUCAUAGUCCCCCCUUCUCUCCCGCUGCUCUCUGCUCUCCCGCUGCUCUCUGCUCUCCCGCUGCUCUCUGCUCUCCCGCUGCUCUCUGCUCUCCCGCUGCUCUCUGCUCUCCCGCUGCUCUCUGCUCUCCCGCUGCUCUCUGCUCUCCCGCUGCUCUCUGCUCUCCCGCUGCUCUCUCCUCUCCCGCUGCUCUCUGCUCUCCCGCUGCUCUCUGCUCUCCCGCUGCUCUCUGCUCUCCCGCUGCUCUCUGCUCUCCCGCUGCUCUCUGCUCUCCCGCUGCUCUCUGCUCUCCCGCUGCUCUCUGCUCUCCCGCUGCUCUCUGCUCUCCCGCUGCUCUCUGCCCUCCCGCUGCUCUCUGCUCUCCCGCUGCUCUCUGCUCUCCCGCUGCUCUCUGCUCUCCCGCUGCUCUCUGCUCUCCCGCUGCUCUCUGCUCUCCGCUGCUCUCAGCUUCCCCUACUUUUCCCUCCGCUUCCGGCCCUUCUCAUCCCCGCAUCUCGCCCUUCUCAUUCCGCUGCUCCUGGCUCUUGCUCUCAUCCAAUCCCCCUAGCAUCCGCAGCAGCUGCACCGUGUGACUUUCUGCGGCUCCGUCCGCCGCACUGA